AUGAAACUUUGUCACAAGGACAAGCAUCAGGAGAAGAACGUUUCCGAUGACAUUGAGGAUAUCGAUGAAGUGGACGACCAGGGCCAGUCAAUUUUGAUGGGAAUCAUCUCGCAGCUGCGGCCCGGCUCUGAUCUUUCUCGAAUUACGCUUCCGACGUUUAUUUUGGAGAGAAAGAGCAUGCUGGAGCGGAUUACGAACCAAUUGCAACAGCCGGACAUACUUCUGGCCGCACACUCUACAGCCGACCCGGUUGAACGGUUUGUCACUGUCGUGAAGUGGUACAUGUCGUGCUGGCACAUUGCUCCCAAAGCCGUGAAAAAACCAUUGAACCCGAUCCUGGGAGAGUACUUCACGUGUUACUGGGACCUUCCGAACGGGUCUCAGGCAUACUAUGUUGCUGAGCAAACAUCCCACCAUCCUCCAAAAUCCUCCUAUUUCUACAUUAUUCCUGAUCAGAACAUCAGAGUCGACGGAAUGGUCGUUCCGAAGUCCAGGUUUUUAGGCAACUCCACCGCAGCAAUCAUGGAGGGUGUGACCAAGCUCUCCUUUUUGGAUAUCGUCGACGAAGAAAGCGGCGAAUGCGAAUACUAUACAAUGACGCAGCCAAACAUGUAUGCCAGAGGCAUCCUAUUUGGAAGUCUGAAGUUUGAGCUCGGAGACCACCUGAUAUUGCAAUGUCCUAGAAACAAUUUGAUUGCCGACAUUGAGUUUAAAACCAAAGGAUUCAUUUCCGGCUCCUACAACGUGAUUGAGGGACAGAUCAAGAACACCAAGACUGGCGAGGUGCUGUACGAAUUAAGUGGAAAGUGGUCAGAAGAGAUGUAUAUCAAAGAUACCAAGACCGGCAAGAAAUCGGUCUUUUUCGAUUGCGAACACAGCUCUCCUUUGAAGCCGAAGGUGAGAGACAUUUCUGAGCAAGGAGCUUACGAAAGCCGUCGACUGUGGAAGAAGGUGACUGAUGCUCUGGCGCAACGCGACCAUCACACCGCUACAGACGAGAAGUUCAAGAUCGAGGAAGAACAAAGAGUCCAGCAGAAGAAGCGUGAAGAAGAGGGCGUGGAUUUCCAUCCCAAGCUGUUCAAACAAAUGCCUGUUGCCGAAACCGCUCGCCAUGGCAAUGAAAACUUGGAGUAUGUGAUCUAUAAAGACAAGGUGCUGAAUAAAGAUCUCAAAGCUCACAACGCUGAAGAUUUGCGGAAACAUAUAUUCGAGAUCGCGCCUUUCCUUCCGGGCCAACAAUUCAACCCAGAGUUUGAGAUCCCAGCCUACAAGAAGUCCUAG